UAGUGUUUCUGACGUUGACAGUCGCUGAUUGAUUCUGUCUUGGUCUUCAUGGUCUUGAUAAAAAUAAAAUUAUGAUCAUCACCAUCAAGCUCGAAAUUCCGGCUGCAUUUAUUGUGAAAGAUAACUUCAAGACAGAAAAUUAGCAACUGCGUUUAUCAAAAGAAAAAUGCAUUUAUACGUAGUUUAGUAAAUUUUCGCACUCUUCAAGAUGGUUUACGAAUCUAUACCUCGUACAGUUAGAAUUCUUCUGUUAGGUGAACCUGGUGUCGGAAAAACCUCGCUUAUACUUUCUUUAGUUACUGAAGAGUUUACAGAACAUGUGCCACCCAAGGCUGAAGAAAUUACAAUUCCCGCAGACGUUACGCCGGAACAAGUACCAACCAACAUUAUCGAUAUUUGUCUUGCAGAGCAAAGUAUUGAGCAGGUGGGAGAAGAAAUAGAAAGGGCUCAUGUAAUAUGCAUAGUAUUCUCUGUGGACAGACAAGAGACACUGAAUAAAAUAGCAUCAUAUUGGUUGCCUUUUGUCAGAGAAAACUGUCCUGAUGACUACCGAAAACCUGUUAUUCUUGUUGGAAACAAGAUUGAUCUUAUUGACUACUCUGUUAUUGACAAUAUUUGGGACAUAGCCGAAGAAUAUCCAGAAGUUGACCGAUGCAUAGAAUGCUCAGCAAAAUCUCUUAUAAAUGUAUCUGAAAUGUUCUACAAUGCUCAAAAAGCUGUCCUCCAUCCUAUUAACCCUAUUUACAGUAUUGAAGAACAAGAGUUAACAGAAAAAUGCAAAAGAGCUUUAACAAGAAUUUUCAAGAUCUGUGACUUAGACGGUGAUGGCCUUCUAGAUGACUAUGAAGUAACAAUGUUUCAAAGGAAAUGUUUUGAUUCACCUUUGCAAUUACAGGUUUUAGAUGAAGUAAAAUCAGUAAUUGCCCAGAACAUUCCUGGCGGGAUAGAAAAUGAUUGCAUAACUAUAAAAGGUUUUAUUUUCUUACAUUGCUUAUUUAUACAAAGAGGACGAAAUGAAACAACAUGGACGGUCCUUCGCAAGUUUGGCUAUGAGGAAAGCCUGGAAUUGACUCAAAAUUACUUAUAUGCUAAUAUUAAGGUUCCAGUGGGCUGCACAACUGAACUCUCUUACAAAGGCCAGCAGUUUCUAGCACAGUUGUUUGAGAAAUAUGACAGUGACAAAGAUGGCAUGCUAAAUCCUACUGAACUGAAAAAUGUGUUCUCAUGUUGUCCUAGAAUACCAUGGCACAACUUGCGAUAUACAGUGCCUACAAAUGACAAGGGAUACUUAACUUUACAAGGUUGGAUGUGUCGCUGGACCCUAAUGACGCUACUGGACUUGCAAAAUACAAGUGCCUAUCUAGCUUACCUGGGCUUCAACUUCCUUGAAAAUGAAACACAAAAGGCAGCUAUACAUAUAACUCGAGAAAAGAAAGUUGAUAUCGCCAAGAAACAGUCCAGUCGUAAUGUAUACCAGUGUCAUAUCAUCGGGCCCAGGUCAUGUGGAAAGACAUCUAUUUGUAGAAGCUUUCUCGGCAUAGCACAUAAGAAAAUAAAGCCGCAUGCGAACGAGCGAGGUGACAGCAAUACUGCGGAAAACUGUUGCAUAAACACAGUGUUGGUAUAUGGUCAAGAAAAGUACUUAGUUUUAAAAGAAAUACCGAUAACACGUGUGUCAGACCCGCUGCAGCCCCACGAAGUCAAUUGUGAUGUUGCCUGUCUCGUUUAUGAUGUUGCUGCCAGUCGAUCCUUCGAGUAUAUCGCAAGGAUAUAUAUCAAAUACUUUGCAGAAAGUCAUAUCCCUGUGUUAAUUGUGGGCACAAAGGGUGAUGCGCUAAUCGCAAGACAGGAGUACAUCUUGCAACCGGAGGUUUUCUGCAAUAAAUAUCAACUUCUGCCACCUCAGUUGUUCAACAUUAGAGAAAAUAAACACGAUGUAUUCGUCAAGCUCGCCACGAUGGCUGCAUUUCCUCAAUUUCAAGCAGCUUGGAUUUUAUUCAGCAAGCACAGGCACUUGAAGCACUUUGCAAGCUUGACGGGGGACAAUUCGUCUUGGUGGAAGGCAGGCAUCGGAGUCGCUGCUGCAACUGUCGUGGGCCUCGUCCUGAUUAAGAUAUUUAGCUUCCAGAAACGUUAGGUUAACUGGUUCUGCAGCUAUCUUUUAUUUAUUGUACAUAAAUAUGUUAUGUAUUAAAAAUAGUAUUGAAUUGAA